CCAAAAAAAAAAAAAAAAAAAGAGUGCAGGUUAAUUCAGCAAAGAGCUUGAAACAGCAAAUGCUGAGGACAGAGGAAAGGGGGAAAUGGCCGUGGUGGUGGCAGUGGCAGGUGUUCAAAGGAACCUUCACAUGUAGGUAGAUUUUUCAGAAAUUGUGUCAUUGGCAGGAACAGCCAGGCUCCCAAGGCAGGUUUAGGACAGCAGAAGUCAGAGUACAUAUGCUGCAGAGUGGCACAAAAGAUAAUGACCCCGAGGCAUUAGGUCUGCUGAAGACUGCUCAGUGAGUGAGAGUAUAGUGUAUGUGAUAGGAAACCAAGCACGGAUUAGGGGUGAUGAGAGAAAGGAACCAGUAGGUAGGAGGAAUUAGGCCAGGCGAGUGGGUUGAAAGGUCUGAGGGUUGGUGCUGUCUAUAACCCUGAUCCCAAAGAUAGAAAACAGCCUGGCUCUCCCUGUGCCAGUGAGAUCCUGUGUCACAUGACUGGUGUUGUGCACUGUCAUCCUGGCUUUUCAGCCCGCCUCUGUGUGCACCAGCCUCACCCUCAUCUGAGUAACAUCCUAUUCCUGUUGGUGCAGAGGGAGGAGAAGCAGCUUGAGGCAUCCUUAGAUGCACUACUGAGUCAAGUGGCUGAUCUGAAGAACUCACUGGGGAGUUUCAUUUACAAGUUGGAGAACGAGUAUGACCGGCUGACCUGGCCGUCUGUCCUGGACAGCUUUGCCUUGCUUUCCGGACAGUUAAACACUCUGAACAAAGUCUUGAAGCAUGAAAAGACACCGCUGUUCCGUAACCAGGUCAUCAUCCCCCUGGUGCUGUCCCCAGACCGAGAUGAAGAUCUCAUGGUCUGCAUCACCAGGGCCGACACAGUUCUCGAACAAAAACGGCAGACGGAAGGACGGGUGCCUGUGUUUAGCCAUGAGGUGGUCCCUGACCAUCUGAGAACGAAGCCUGACCCUGAGGUUGAAGAGCAAGAGAAGCAGCUGACCACGGACGCUGCCCGCAUCGGUGCUGAUGCGGCUCAGAAGCAGAUCCAGAGCUUGAAUAAAAUGUGCUCAAACCUUCUGGAGAAAAUCAGCAAAGAGGAACGAGAAUCAGAGGGUGGAGGUCUCCGGCCGAACAAGCAGACCUUUAACCCAGCAGACACUAAUGCCUUAGUGGCAGCCGUUGCCUUUGGGAAGGGACUGUCUAACUGGAGGCCUUCAGGCAGCAGUGGUCCCGGCCAGCCGGGCCAGCCAGGCGCCGGGACAAUCCUCGCAGGAGCCUCAGGAUUACAGCAGGUGCAGAUGGCCGGAGCGCCAAGUCAGCAGCAGCCAAUGCUCAGUGGGGUGCAGAUGGCCCAAGCAGGUCAGCCAGGGAAAAUGCCAAGUGGAAUAAAAACCAACAUCAAGUCAGCUUCAAUGCAUCCCUACCAGCGGUGAGUGUGGCUGGCAACCUCCACUCCCAGGUGCCUUUGCAGAGCUGGGCAGUGAGAUUGCCUUCUGCCCAAAGCUGACCUGGAUGGGUACGAGAAAAAGAACACGGGCUUUCAGCAGCAGACACCUCCCAUCUCCUCUGCUGACUAGCUGUGUGACCUUGGGCAAGUGACCUCAUUUUUCUGAGCCUGUUUCCUCGUUUUUCAGUGGUGAUGAGACCUACCUCAUAGGGUUGUUGUGAGGAUUAAAAUGAGAAACUGAAUGUUAAACACUUAGCACAGUCUCUGAAAUGAUGGGUAUGCAAUAAACGAGAGCAUCCACAGCCA